AUGCCCCACGAUAUUAUCGCUGCGCCGAGGGUGCCCCAGACGGAGGAGGAUACGCCGGAUAAGUUGGAAAACGGGCGGAAUGCAGAGCAGGAGUUCGUUGAUAACGCCGAACCAUUGACUGAGGAAGAGUUGGCGGAGAAGGACGCGCUCGUCGCACAAGGUUUUGAGUCGUGGAGUUGUCCUGACUGCCAGCAGUCGAUCGAGGCGCUCGAAGCUCACGGAUGCACCGACGAGUACAAUGUCAUCGCAGCGGAGAUCCUGGACGAGACAGCCGAGGUCGUGAAAGCGUACUACCCCGUUCUCAAGAAGCAAUGGAAAAUUCUGUCCAACCACCCACGUAUCGCUCAGUGCACCAACGAGGGCGAGGCCAAGCGUAACAAGCGCCCCUAG